UAGAAAGAAAUAAAGUAAUAUAAUAUUAAUAUAAUUUAUGCUAGUGCGGUGUUGACCUCAUCGAUUCCUUUGAUUCCGCCCGCCAGCCCGCUAUACAAAUACCUCAGCUCCCCUCACGCCACCAACUGCCCUUUCUCUCCUCUUUUCUUUCCCCUUCCAUGUUCCCUUCAGUCUUCUUUCUCCAUACUCGCUUCUCUUCACAGGCCCUGCAAUACCUGUCUAUCUGGUCUAUUUUAACAGCCCGCACAAGUUUUCCUCGCCCGUUAGCAGUUGCAGUCGAGCAUUUUCUGUCGCCCAAAAUUCUCAAAACUCAAAUCGCAGUUCCAGCAAAAUGGCGUCUUUACCCAAGACAAUGAAGGCUCUCCAGUACGAGAAGCCAGAGACCUUCGGUAUCGUCGAGAUUCCUCUCCCUACCCUGCGUGAAAACGAUGUCUUGAUCAAAGUAAAGGCGUGCGGUGUGUGCGGUACGGAUUUGCACAUUCACGAGGGCGAGUUCCUUGCCAAGUUCCCUCUUGUCCCUGGACACGAGACUGUCGGCGUUGUCGCCGCCGUAGGCCCCAAGGUCAAGGGCUUCGACAUUGGUGAUCGCGUGGUUGCGGAUAACUCUGAACUUUGCGGAGAAUGCUUUUACUGCCGCCGUGGCGAGGAGCUCCUUUGCGAGCACUUCGAGGCUCACGGUGUCACCAUGAAUGGUGGUUUUGCUGAGUACUGCGCCUAUCCUGCUGGCCGUGUUUUCAAGAUCAAAAACCUCAGCGAUGUUGACGCGACUCUCUUGGAACCUGCCUCCUGCGCUGCCCACGGUCUGGACAAAAUCGCGCCCAAGAUGGGCUCAUCCGUGCUCAUGUUCGGAGCCGGUCCUACCGGCCUGGUUCUCUCUCAAAUGUUGCGUCAGAAUGGCGGUUGCCACGUCGUUGUCGCUGCCCCGGAGGGCCUCAAGAUGGACUUGGCCAAGAGGCUAGGCGCUGGUGACGAAUACAUCUCUCUGUCCCGGACCAACCCGAGCGUUCAAUUCGAGAAAAUCAAGGCCGAGAACCCGUAUGGGUUCGACAUUGUCGUUGAGGCUACCGGUAGUGUGAAGAUUCUCGAGGACGCUAUCAACUACGUCCGUCGCGGCGGUAAGCUCGUCGUGUACGGCGUCUAUGCGAACAAGGACCGUGUCAGCUGGCCUCCUUCCAAAAUCUUUGGCGAUGAAAUCACCAUCCUCGGAUCCUUCUCUGAGACCUACAAGUUCCCUGCCGCCAUCGAUUACCUGGACCGCGGCAAGGUCAAGGUUGACGGUAUCGUCAACAAGACCUUCAAGCUGGAGCAAUGGGCCGAGUGUCUCGAGGCGAUGCGCAACAAGAGCGCCAUCAAGGCCGCCAUCACUUUUGACUGACAUUCAUAAGUCCUUUUGGCUUCGUGCAAGGCCUGGAGAGCUGGCCAUCUUCACCGCCGUAUAUUGUGACUGUUCGAUAUUUCGUAAUUAAUGUGAUCACGAGGAAAGAAUUUUUGAAUUGACACUAAAUUAAAUUCCUGGCAUAGAGUAAGCUUAUAUAAAUACCGCGAGCAGUGGACUGAGGACCUUGAUGGUCAUGACGGUAGUUUCGGCAUUGCGUCAUCCUCGGUCGUCCUUUCCAUAUAUUUCAAUAUGCUAUGCGUUAUGGCACUGUCUGCUAGUAUGCAUAUUAAUCCUACAAUAGUAUCAACGGAUCGGAGUAUUCGGCUUGAUUGGGGAAGAGUACUCACAUAUAGAAUAAUGAUAUUCUUAACAAAAUAUUAAUUGAUGUGGGCAGCUGUACUCGGCUACUAAUCGUGGUGGUGAGCGUGUUGUACUACUAGUACUGCUGUCCAUUC